UUUCCUGACCUUGAACCUAGUAUAAAUGCAGCGUUACCAAGUAUCGCUAUUUAAAAGAACCAACCGGCUAAAACCAAGCUACCAAAAUGGCCAACGAUAAUGGUUUCGUUAAUCUUGCAUACGCGUCAACUUCAACAAAUACCUCAACAGCCUCCAUACCGGGCGAGUAUAGAGCGAAACUCGAACUACAAAAUAAUGAAUACAAUGGCAAAAUUGCAGUAUCCACAUCCAGUGGCAACACAGUGACCGCGAAACAGAAAACGCGGGACACACACCAGCUUCGCAACCACUCUGCCACUGCCGAAACUGUGGGUAAAAACCGAGAUACCUGGACAAAUGACAUUGAGUUCCUCAUGUCUUGCAUUGCACUUUCCGUGGGUUUAGGCAACGUUUGGCGUUUUCCCUUCACUGCACUUGAAAACGGCGGAGGUGCAUUCGUCAUUCCUUAUAUUAUAGUAUUAUUUUUAGUUGGAAAACCAGUUUAUUAUAUGGAAAUGCUGCUGGGACAGUUCUCAAGUCGUGGAAGUAUCAAAGUAUUCGAUUUUUCUCCUAUAAUGAGAGGUAA